GAACACUCUCCGAUGGAAGAACUUUUGUAAACAACUUUUUUUAAAAGCUUUUCAACACUCACACAACUUUCGCAUGAUUAGUAUAAAUUAAGUGCGAACUUUGAUCGUAUUCUGAGUGAUACUUUCUUGCGCUUACCCAAAUACACCUCUUGUUGGACCCUGAGAUAGUCAAAACUUAAAUGUUUUCAGAAAAUGAUUUUCCACCAUUAACUACAUCUAACACUAUGAUGUCUGCUUCCUCUUGUAGAGAAAGACCGACUUUAGAUGAAAUCAACCAAAAGGUCUUACAAAUUCAAUAUAAUAUUUGCAGAAGAAAUGAUGUUGUCAAAGUUGAUGAAAUUGUGCAAAAACUUUGUGUUUUUUAUAAUGUUUCCUCUGUUCAAGAUUUAUGUCCAAUUGAUGGCAAAAAAAUUAGAAAAGAAAAUGAUAUUCGCGCUAUAAAUGAUAUUAUUAGACUACAACAAAAGUUAUCAAAAAACUCGUCGUUUAUAUCCACCAAACACUCAUUACUUGAAUCGUCAGAUGACUCAUCAUUUGAUUCAUUGGACAAAUUAUGUUAUAAUUUCCUAUUCUUGGAGCCGAAACAAUCAAAUUCAAAACCUCUACUGAUAAAUGCUUUCAUCCAAUCUUUCAUGACUUUUCGAAACAUUUGUACAUUAUUUGAACUUAAUCAAGAGAUUUGCAAAAUGGAGUCAAAAAGUUCUUUUUUGGAUCUCAAACUUGGUCCGCUGCAGAAACAACUAUUGAUUUAUGAUAACUUCAAAUUCCCACCAAAUCAAAAUGACAUUCCUCCUAUAACAACAUCUGAUGUUUUUCGACUUAUAUGGAAAAUGCUUAAUAAGAAACAUAAUUUUUUAAUGAUCGAGUUUUUAGAGUUUCUUAUUAAGAAGUAUGGAUUUAAAGAACCAUAUGAAAGCGGAGUCAUAAUAAAAAGUAUUGGACUAGCAGUUACUGUUAUCAAAAAAGCUAAGUUUGGAGAUAUGCAAAAUGAGUGUGAUCAAAUAAAGUAUUUUAAUGAUCAACUUCAUAAAGAACUUGAUUUAUACUUUGACCAUAAGUUAAAUGAAAUUGUAAGAUCAAGCAGGCCACAAAACCUUAUAGAGAAAUUAUGUGGAAUGAGGUUGUUUGAUGCUUUCGAAGAAAUUCACACUAUGCUGACUCAUAUGAGACUGGAGGUAUCUAAGUAUUUUUCCAAUGGUUCUUCUUCAUUAAAUGCUUUAGUACCACAAACAUUAUAUAAAUUUAUGCAGUUCCUAAAAUCUGUUAAGCAAGAUGUGUUUUUAAGUCGUAUCGUUCAUAUAGUGCUUUUAACAGCUCCUCUCAAAGUUAUAGGGUUGGAUGAUAUUGAUAUUCUAAGAUGUUUAGGUUUUGAUGAAACCAUACAAAAGUUGUUAAAAGAGAACAAGAAAGAAAGUUUAAAUGUCAAACAUCAAUCAAGUUAUUCUGUAACUCCAAAAUACUUGGUAAUAGAAACUGUAAAAAAGUGGCUUUCUCAAAAUACAGACUUUACAAUUGAGUCACUGUUUAUAAUGGAAAGGCAGAUAACAUCAGAAAUCAAUAAAAAUUAUGAAUGUUUUAAUGAUCUUGGACAUGGAACAUUUUUAAAGUUUUUAGUUAAUAACGAAAGUAUUAAACAUUUAGUAAAAUUAAAUACUGUUUCAGCAUCGUUUAAUAGCACUUACACAAAAGAAGACGUUUUAAAUUUUACUCAACAAUGUGGAAUGGAAAAAAGCGAUGAUGAUAAAGUCCAAGGAUUGAAAAUACAGUUUAAUGUAAAAGAUCCAUCCUUGUUUUCUGGUUUGCUCAAUGGAACUCCAACAGAUUGCGUCUUUAUCUAUCAGCAUGCUGUUUUGUGUGGGACUGAGUAUCAAAAAGAACUUAUUUCCAAAACUCACUCAGACGAUUCUUUGAUUAAAGUUGCUGUUUCAAAAAUUAAUUCACUGCCUUAUUUGGAGGAAAUAUCACAAUUGACCAAUUGGGAUGAAAUAUUUCAGAAUAAAUUGGGAAACUUAAAGGUGUUUAUACAAUCAAAUUUUUCUUUUAAGGAUGUUCAGUACUUAUUUUUAGAGACUCAAUCCGGAAAAUUUGUAAAAAUUUUAAAAGACUGUUCAAUUGAUCUAUUUACAGAAGCAUUGGCUUCUAGAGAUCCUAAAAGAAUAUCUUUGUGUCUAACCUCUUUAUUAUGUUUAAAUGGCCAAAUUGAUCAUGCACCUUUGACUUUGCUCUCAAAUAAAAUGGAAAUGUUUAUGGAAUCUUUUCAAACUUGUAGCAAUACUAAUCAAAUUUUAUUAGGCAUCGUUUUAGAAUGCAUUCAUUGGAUUCCAUUUCAUAUUCUCUGUUGUGUUGUUAGAAAGAUAUUUUUGUCUCCAUUAUCUACAAUAUUUGGCAGCCAAAAGGUGCCUCACUUACUCUUAAAAGUUUGUACUAAUAACUCAACAUUCAAAAGUAGAAUUCAUGCUCUUGGUUUUCAACUACAUGUUGCUGAGUGGAUUGAAGAUUACAAUAAACAGUUGAAUAAUAUCCAAGUUGAUGCAUCAGAUGUUUUAGAUGACACUAUCAAGACCAAUGAUAAAAAUCUUCAGAUACAAAAUACUGUUUCUGUUUUUCAGGAUGUUUCAACUGUUUCAUUGAGUGUGGAUUCUUUGGAUUCGACUGUUAUAUCAAAAACAGGUCAAGAGGAAGUUUUAAAUGAAUGCGUCACAAGUGAUAUUCAAAAUGACUAUUGUCAUAAAAUUAUUAAUGAUAUACGUUGCAAACAGUUUGGAAUUGGACUUGAGCUUGGAGAACAGGAGAAAAAACUAUUUGAAAUCCUCAGAGAAAGAGAAGGAAGAUCAUUACAGCGUCUUUCAAAUGAGUUGUAUUCAAAUGAUUCUCAUUUUGUGUUAGAGUUAAUCCAAAAUGCUGACGAUAACCAAUAUAUUGAAAACAGCAAUAAUGAAAAGCCUACUGUAGCCUUUAUAGUAGAGCAUGAUCAGAUUAUAAUAUUGAACAAUGAAAAAGGUUUUUCUGAAAGUGAUAUCAAAGCUUUAUGUGAUGUUGGAAAAAGUACAAAAGGAAUUCAUCGUAAAGGUUACAUAGGUCAAAAAGGGAUUGGUUUCAAGUCAGUUUUUCGUGUCACUGAUAUGCCUGAGAUACACUCAAAUGGUUAUCAUAUCAAGUUUGAUGCUUCUAGUGGUUCAAACGGUUAUAUUCUUCCAAAUUGGAUUUAUGAUUGGAAUUCAGAUCAAAGAUCUACUUAUCAACCUUGCGAAUCUAGAAAUUAUGGCUGGAAAACACAGAUUGUAUUGCCUUUAAAGAAAGAAAUGCAGCAUUCAAAACUUAUUUCACGGUUUCAUGACAUUCAUUCUUCUUUGUUGCUAUUUCUUAAUCGUUUACAUACAAUAAUCAUUGAUGACAAGGUAUCAAACAUUAUGAAAGUAAUGGAAAGAGAACAUGUAGAAAAAAAUAUUGUUCGGCUUUCUAAUAACAAUUAUUCUCGUUUAUGGUUUGUGGUUGAAAAAGAAAUACCUAUAGAUAUCCGCGAAGACAUUAAAUCAACAAAUAUUGCAUUUGCAUUUCCAUUUAACAACAAAUUGAAAGCUGAGGCACUUCCUGCUCAGCAAGUCUUUGCAUUUUUACCAUUGAGAAGCUACGGAUUUAAGUUUAUUAUACAAGCUGAUUUCGAAGUACCAUCUUCUCGGGAAGAUAUUGACAAAGAUAGUGCAUGGAAUCAGUAUAUAUUGCAACAACUCCCAAAAUUAACUGUUGAAGCCUUUUACUCUUUUAAAGUUCAUCAAUACUUUAAAGGUUUAGAAGGUGUUAUUGAGUAUUUAAAGUUUAUGGACCUUGAGGACAAUGUGUCUGGUGUGUUUAAGCAAGUCAGUCAGCAAAUGAUAAAGUCUUUACAACGUGAAGCAUGUUUACCUGUUAUACCCAGAAAUAUAGAGAAUAUUUUAAAUUGGGUGAUUCCAAAACACAUAGUCUUUUCUCAACAAGAAAUUUAUAAAGUGAUCUCUCCUGAAAUACUUCAAGAAAAACUUGGUCUUUAUUAUUUAAAUAAUGAUAUUGACUGUACUGCAUUAAAGCGGGUGUUAACCUCUUUAGGUGUAUGUGAGCUUAACUUUGAACAGCUAAUAGAAGUUUGCAAACUGGUAGUACAAGAGUUUAGCUCAUCUUCGCAACAAAUCAAGAAUCCAGAUAAAAUGCAGCAAUGGAUCGGAAAAUGGCUUCACCUAGUAUAUACAAGCCUUCAAAAUUCCUGUGAUUGUAGUAAAAAAACAUUUGAUAUUAUACGUUCUUUACAUAUUUUUCCUAUGACAAAUGGAAGUAUGAUGUCUCUUAAAGAAAAUGACGCUUUUUUUCCAGUCAAUUACAUACCAAAACACGGAGAAAAAAAGGAAGAUAAAAGGAUGUUAGAUUUGAUAGAAAAUGAUUUAAAUAUUUUAUCUUCCAACUUAAUGGAAUCACUGGAUCAUAUUGAACAAGAGCAAGUUAAAAAGCUUAUGUGUGACUUGGGUGUGAAAUAUAUUACUCCUUCUGAUCUUAUUCAUAACCACAUUAUUCCUUCUUUUAAAUCAGGACUUUGGAAGAGCAAACCUGAAAAACUUGUAGUUGCUUAUGUUGUUUAUCUUGAAGGUCAGUAUAGAGCACAACCUGAUAUGUUUGACAUUGCUGAAGUUUCUCAAUCGGUUAUGCUAAUGACAAAUAAAGGGUUUCGAUCUCCCCUGGAUCAAUCUAAUCCAAUAUAUCUAACACCUCAAUAUGGAAAUGAAAUUAAUUUAAAAGAAAGUUUUCCUUCUUGCGAUUGGACGUUAAUUGAUGAUUGCUAUAUUUCUGGUUGUUCACAAAAAGAAAAAGAUGCCAUGCUAAGCUUUAUGUUGAAAUUGUCUUUAAAAAAAAGUUUUUUUAUUCGAAAAUCAAUUAAAAGUUUACAUGUGUCAGAUUUGAUUGGAAGUUGUUGGAAUUCAGAUUUUCAAACAUGGGAUAAAACAUCAGAUGAGACCUACAUUCUUCAUGAUCUUGAAUGUCCUGAGUUAAACCAAAUAAUUGAUGCCCAAGUUUUGCAUGAAAUCCAAAAAUUUUUACUCGUUUUAGAUCAGCAUUGGAAUGCAGAGUUUUCAGAGUAUGACUUAUCAAGAAAAUCUUGUCUUGUUGAAAACACUUCUGGACAUUUUGUUGCCACAACAUAUUCUUCAUUGCUCCUUAAGAUGAGAUUAUCAAUAUGGUUACCAGACAACCUAGAAAUACCAAAAUUACAUCAACCAAUAAAUCUCUAUAUUAGUAAUGAUGAAAUACUUUCUUUAAUGGGAAAAAAAGUGAAUUACUUAUCAAAUCAAGUGAAGUGCAAAGAUCUCAUUCUUAGUCUUGGUGUACAAACUGAUAUAAAGUUUGAAUCUUUUGUAAAAGAAUUCCAGUCUUGGAGAGAACAAUCAUUUUUUUCUACAAGCUAUGAUCAUUCAAAAAAUAUUUACAAAUAUUUUGAGAAGCAGCAGUUAGGUUAUUCUAACAUAAUUAAUGAACUUAAGCAAUAUCCUUUAGUAUUUUUACCACACGAUCAAAAAGCUCAAACAUUUUCAAAUAGCACUUCUGUUUUUGUGGGAAAAUUUUGCUUAGUUAAUAAUUUGUGCUGGGAGGAUCCUUCAGGAAUACUCAGUAAUUUCAAAGAUGAAAUUGCUAUUAGGCGCACUCUUAACAGUUAUUAUCCUAAGGAUUUGCUCAACUUUUUUGUCAACAAGUUAGGAGUUAAUAGAUAUCCUAGCAUCCAAGAGUAUAUCAAUCUUGCAAGUUCCAUUGCUAGCAAAACGGAUUUACCUGAUGAAGUUGCACUUAAAAAGCUAUUCAAUUUGUUUUCUGCUCUUGGUCACGUAUUUAUUAUAAAUAGUAAACUUAAAGAGUUGAAUGAAUGGAGCUUUUCAAAAUCAACUGAAGAAUGUAAGCAACAAUACGAAGAUCUUGCAUCAUUUAUUGAUCCACAGUUAUUGCAUGUUCAUGGCAAAGAUAUUAUAGAGGAACGUAUAUUUCCAACGUCUAACAACACUUUCUGUUGUAUAUCUGAUCAUCCUCUUCUGGCUGAAUAUAAUAGCGAUUCAAAGGUUUUUGACGAAAGUAGACAAGUACCAUUAAUUUUCUUUGAUUUUGUUUCAAAUAUUAUAAAUGAGAAUAACACAAAACGCAUAACAGAUUCUUGUCUCUUGAAAUUUGUUAAGAUCAUGAUUUUUUUCAAAGCUUGUGGUAUUAGACUCCUUUCAGAUGUUUUUAUGGAGCCUGAAAUUACUACAACAUUUAUUAAAAGAGGUUGCUCAAAGUGGGAAAAGACUCUUCACGACAUCUCUCCGAUAGUUCAACGUUAUUUAAAAGCAAAGAUACCUUUAGUUUAUAAACAACUUUGCUCGAAGGACUUUCAUACGUACUUGCAAAAUUCGACCAUAUUUACUGUAGAAAAACUUGAAGCUGUUUACCGUCUCUCUGACCGAUACAGUGUAAAUAUUUCUCAAGUAAAAAUAGCUUUAGUAUUAGAUGCUGAAGCAAAACAUGCAACCGUCUAUAUUACUUCAGAGUAUGCUGAAGAAAAAUCAAAGUUCGAAAAUAUACUUGAUGAAAUUUUAAGUUUAUUUGUAGGUAGUAAUGAGAAAUAUAAGGAAGAGUUGCUUGAUUUUGUUCUCACGUAUUUAACGGUAAAAAAUAAAGACGAAUGUCUAAAGCGCAAGAAUAUACCUGAGAUUUCUCCUCCUGAGAAAAUAUGGCAUUACUCUGAGCCUAAAUUAACCAAAUUUAGUCAUCAAAUAGUUCCAGUAGUAAAAGAGUUACCAAUUGAAAAUGCUUCGUUACCUGUCGAAAAUAAAGGAUUAACAUGUUGGCCUCCACGUAAUCCUGGUUUAGGUUUUGUUGCAAAGCCAGAAUCAUUAAUAAAUGCUGAAAAAGAAGUUCAUGAGAAAUGGAAGGCUCCUGUGCACCCUGAAUGUGCUGAAAAUAAUAAUUUAGUAGAACCUAUGGUUUAUCAAUCACUGGAAAGAAAUUCUAAUACUCUUUCGGAGAAAACAAAGGCUGAAUCAGAUAAUUUAGUAGUUAAUCAAAAUUUUAAUUUUAAGAACGAAACAUUAAAUAACUUACAACAAAUAAAUUCUUUUGGUGCUCAAUCAUGUUUACCGUUCAACUCUGACAAUGUUUGCAAUUUACCUUCUAACCCAGAGUCAGUUUGUAGUGUAAUCUGUGAUGAAAGAUUAAAUCAAUGGAAAAAAUGGAAUCAAGUAAACCAGAUAAUGAAACCACAUAAUGAACAAUUGCCUUUAAGAAAUAAAAAUAACUUUAGUUGUGGCAAUUUUGAAAAGUUUGAAAAUCCUGUCAUAGAAGACCAGUAUGAAGACCUGCCUAUAAUCAUUCAAGAUACUUUAAAAGAUUUUGAAAAAUCAAAGUUGGAUAAAGAAAAAUCUGAUAGAAGCGGAUAUUUUGGCGAGUUUAUUGUUUAUCGCCAUAUUGAGGAAACUUAUAAAGAUGAUAUUACAAAAGGCAAGGUAAAAAUAUUCUGGCUUAAUGAAAAAGAAGAGACAGGCGAUCCUUAUGAUAUUAAAAUAGAGUUUACUGACCAGAAUGUAGAAUCAGAAAGUUCAAAUAUAAAGUGUAUAUAUAUUGAAGUAAAAACGAGCUAUUUGGAUGGAAAAAAGGAGUUUGAGAUCUCAGCUAACCAGCUUCGGUUUGCUUUUGACCAACAAGCUAGCUUUCAUCUGUAUCGUGUAACAGGUUUAAACGAAAAUUUUAGAAUAAGACGUUUAGUUAAUUUGUCAAUGUACAUGGAUAGUAAGUCUGUUCAACUUUUUAUGGUACUAUAACGUUUUUAAUGUGAUUGCAAUUUUGAACAGUUAUGUACUUUCAAACUAUUGCAUUUUAGCCAGUUUAAAAUAUAAUUUUUAACAAAUAUGUUUUAUAGCUACGAUACUAUUUUUUUAUUUUUUUGUUAUUCUUUACUUAUUUACUUUAUUUUUUCUUUCUUUUUUUUUUAACUUUUUUAACGCUUAAACUUUUUUAACGCUUAAAAAGUUUUAAAUUUAAAUCGUCAGUUUGAAACUUUUUUUGUGUGUGUGUUUUUCCCAAGUACAUAGAGUUUGUUAGUUCUCAACUGACGAUAUUUCAUUAAUUUGCAGUGGAAACUAUUUUUUAAAUAUUUUAAAUUUAAUUAUUCCUUUUCACGAAAUAACUAGUUUAAAGAAAUGUUGUCAAAGAAAUUUGUAUAUGCAUAUUAUAUAUUACAGAUUUUGAUAUUUA